CCCCUACGGCCCUAACCCACCCAAUCUGCGACAGCUCGUCACUCCUCUCUUCUUCCUAAAGCCUCCAUCUUCUCUCUCCAGCUUCCAUUCUCUGCAUCUCUUCUCCAUCCAUUCCUUCAGCUCUACACUCUGCCCGACCGCGAAUCGGCGAUGGGGAACUGCCAGGCGGCGGAGGCGGCGACGGUUCUGAUCCAGCACCCAGGAGGCAGGAUCGAGAGGAUCUACUGGUCCCUUAGCGCUAGCAAGGUCAUGGCCUCCAACCCCGGCCACUACGUCGCCGUCAUCAUCACCUCGCAGCUCCCGGGUCCAAAUCUAUCCGGCGCCGCUGCUCCGGUGAAGCACCUCAAACUCCUCCGACCCGACGACACUCUUCACAUCGGACAUGUUUAUCGACUCGUUAGUUUCGAAGAAGUUUUGAGGGAAUUCGUAUCGAAGAAGCACGUAAGGCUUAGCAAAUUGGUAAAUGCCGCCAAGGAGAAGAGGCGGAGCCGGUCGAUGAGAGGCGAAGGAGAUACGCCGGCAGGCACCGGCGAGACCUUGAUGCAGACUAGGGAUGCGGCUGCCGACGGCAAAAGGGUCGGUGAAGCGGCGGCGCCACCGCCGCGGUUGCGGCAAUGGAGACCGGCUUUGCAGAGCAUUGAUGAGGUCGUGGGGAGUUAAAUCACCGGAAAUUUUGCUAAAUAAAGCUGCAAAUAGUAAAGAUUCUAGACUUCUAGCAGUAGAAAAACUGGAAAUUUCCUUCUUCAGUUGUCUGCCUCGAUUAAAUAUAAUAGUUUCUUUAUGUUUCUUUUAGAAAAGUUUUAAGGAUAUAUGUGAGGCCUUCUGGCCUUGUAUUUUGUUCAUUGUGAUUUGUGAAGGAAGGAAAAACUUGAAGUUCAAAGGCUCA